CGCUGCGCAUGUCUUCCAGGAUCAUUCAAACAGAGGAAACAGAAGUCCAUCAUGGUCACUGUGAUGUUGCUCAUUGUGUCUGUGCUCAUCCUUGUCUUUGGACUGGCAGCCACCACCAGGACACAGAACAUUACUGUCGGUGGCUACUACCCAGGAGUCCUUCUGGGCCUAGGCUCCUUUCUCGGAAUCAUCGGAGCCCAUUUGAUAGAAAAUAAGAGGCAGAUGCUGGUGGUGUCCAUUAUGUUCAUCAGUUUCGGAGUGGUGGCUGCCUUCUGCUGUGCCAUUGUGGAUGGGGUGUUUGCAGCAAGACGCAUUGACCUUAGACCCUACUACGCCGGUCGCUGUGAUUUCCACGCCAAUUCCAAACCCUCUGUUGAUUAUGAAGAUGUUCACUGCCAGACAGCAUCCCGGGCUACCUGUAAUUUACGUGUGAAAUCCAAUACCUGUUACUGCUGUGACCUCUACAACUGUGGCAAAGAACACCCUCUUUUGGGACAUGCGAAUAAAGAUGUUUUGAAAAAUUUUAGGAAAAUGUCCAUGAUUUGGAAGCCCAGCCGUGUGGAGCUUAUGGGGGGCUACCAUGAGUACACGGAGGUGGGGAGCUGCGAGGACGUGGUGCACCUCCACCACCUGCUGUGGUCCGCCAUCAUUCUCAACAUUGUCGCUCUCUUCCUGGGCAUCAUUACCGCCGGCGUGCUAGGAGGUUUCAAGGACUUGACGCCCAUGUUGACCCCUGACUCGUGUGAAUCAGAGUCCCUUCCUGCAGCCUCUUUCCCCUUAGAGUUUCCAGCUCCCAGCACCCCUUCAUUCAACUCCUACCUCAACAAUGCCCCCUACCUGUCACCCUACACUGCCUACGACCUGCAGGGCUCCAGCAUGAUGUUCCCUGACUCUUCUGGCCUGUCUGAUGACUCCCAGUCAGGGGCUAGCCGCAUAGGGGCCAGCCGCAUGUGGCCCACCCUGGUCCCCCCAAGCUACUCUCCCCCUUACUCCCCCCCCGAUGAGAAGCCCCCACCAUACAGCCCCUAGGAGAGUGGCUGGUCCUGGGAAAAUAACAGGGGAGGGCAUCCAGCAUCAUCUCCUCUUUUGCCAGCUGCAGUAACAACAAUGGGCAUUGAUAGGUGUUGAUGGGCUUUUUAUAUUAACCUGUUUGAAAGAGAGCUGCUGCUACAUCUGGUGCUCCAUGCCGUUCUAAAGCAGCCAAGCCUGCCUGGGCUUUGUUGGGUAUACAGAGACAAGGAGUUACUGGAAGAAAAAAAUAGCAUGCGUCACUAAUGUGACUAGAAGCCCCUGCCAUUUGUCAUAGGAAUGCUGCAAGGUUCAUUCAUCCCUCAAUAAGUAUAGCCUGUUAGGAUUCAGUUCAGCCCAACCUGGAUGGAGUGGGGGAUAUAACAAGAUGCUGCUUGCCCAACACGCUUUUCUCAGCAGACUCUCUGUCGAUGCCAGUACGCUCCCUACAUCUUUCCCUUGGCCCUAACUAUUCUAUGUUUGCAGGGGUCUGGAUAGGUAUAAACAGUGUAAUGGGGGAUGUAAACAUCCUAUCGUUUACACCUUAAAGUUCUGCAACAUCGAAGAGUUAGAGCCAAGGUGCGAAUCGUCUGUACGUGUAUCGAAAACAAGCUUACCUCGCUCAAGACACCAGGACUGCCUACAGUCGUGGCCAAAAGUUUUGAGA